AUGCUACGAGUCCUUCUGCUCCUGCUGCUCCUGAUCAGGAAGCAGGGCUGCUCACCCAGACCCCACCGUGUCCUGCCAGACGAAGAUGCAGGAGACAGGAGAGCCGAGGCUAUCAAGAGGCUUCUGGAGUUAUUUGGCCUAGAAGACCCUCCCCGUUCCCCCCACCAUUUCAAACAGCCUCCCCAGUACAUGGUGGACUUGUAUAACACGGUAGCAGAUGCUGAUGGUGUCACCAAGAACCCUGACAUCCUAGAGGGAAACACCGUCCGCAGCUUCUUGGAUAAAAUUCACAGUGAUAAUAUGCAUUUCCUGUUCAUCCUGUCAAGCGUGGCUAAGAAUGAGAAGGUCCUUACUGCCGAGCUGCAUCUUUUCAGAAUGAGGGCCAGGGUGGCUGAUGGUCCUGCCUAUAAGAGACAUCACUUUUGCCAGGUGAGUGUCUAUCAAGUCCUGGACAAGAGCAAACUAGAUUCCUCUGAAGGGAAGAAGCUGUUGUCAGCCAGGCUUAUCUCUCUGCAAGGCUCAGGCUGGGAGGUGUUUGCCAUCACACAAGCUGUUCGUGACUGGACUGAAGAUGAAAGCAGCAACCAAGGCCUCCUGGUCAGUGUUCGUGGCUUAGGAGGGGCUUCCGUGGAUGCCCCCCACAUGGUGCGCUUUGCUUCAGGAAGAGAUCACCAUGAAAGCAAGAAGCCGAUGCUUGUUCUGUUUACUGAUGAUGGGAGACGAGGAGCUUCUACUCCCGUCCCCGCUGCUGAGCCGAUGGCACCAAAACUGAAUGGCCCGAGGAUCACCCGCUCGCUGGAUCCAGUCCUGCCUUGCCAGAGACACCCCCUCUCAGUAGACUUUGAGGAAAUUGGCUGGUCUGGAUGGAUCAUUUCACCACGAGGGUACAACGCAUAUCACUGUAAAGGCUCUUGUCCCUUUCCUUUGGGUGAGAACAUGAGACCAACAAACCAUGCUACAGUCCAGUCCAUUAUCAAUGCUCUCAAACUGAGCGAGGGGGUGAACAGCCCCUGCUGUGUCCCAGACAAACUCUUCUCAAUCAACCUCCUCUAUUUUGAUGAUGAUGAGAAUGUUGUCCUUAAACAAUACGAUGACAUGGUGGCUGGGAGCUGUGGCUGUCACUGAAGCUGGUUCUCGAAGGAGAAGCAGGGAUGGGCCAGUGCGGCAAGGAAACUCCCUAAAAUGCAAAGAGGGCUGCUUCCAGGAACCCUCCUGAGAGUCUCUCACCCGCCUGGGGCUGUGCUGUGCUUCUCUGCUCAGGUUAGCGGGCAAAAUGCCUGCAUUUUCAAGUCUCUGUCCUGUAUCCAUCUCUCUAGCCACCCUCACCUGGAUCAAAGGGGCAAUUACACUGAAUGCCUACAUGACCUAGGAAAUGCUUUGAUUAAUGAAAAGCAACCUGUGGCAGAGUCCCCUUUGGCAGCCCAGAUUCCCUAGAGUUGUCGUAAAGAGCAUACCAACAUGGUUAAAUCUGGGAACUAUUGUGAAAGCCUUGGGCUCUGUGCAUUUUAAAGAAACCAAAAUGAAAUGAUAGAAUAGAGCUUUCCAGUCCCAGGCAAGAGGAAAGCCAAGUCCCACAGCGUGGUGUGGAGACAGCUCCUAGGAAUCAUUGUCCGUGGAAAGGCCUCCCUGUCGAUUGUACGAUAUGUAUAUAGCAGAAGCACUAAUAUAUGAUGGAAAAACUCCUGUACAGUAUGCCUGUAAAUGUCUGUACAUAUGACCUUUUGUUAUCUGUAAAAUGAUU